CGUCACCACCGCUGCCUGCAACGAACACUACAAAGCUUCGUGGAUCCGUGUAACAUUCAGUGUAAUAACCAGACAUACGCGCUUUCUUCCAUCACACGCAAGGUCGCAUUCGCUUGUAUCCCGGACCAAAUCGCGCGGUCAAACACGAAGCCGUUACGAUGGAUGUGCAACUGUACGUGUAUGACCUCUCACAGGGUCUUGCACGUAAUAUGUCACGACAGUUUCUCGGAAUCCAGAUAGACGCCGUGUACCACACAUCGAUCGUCUUCGAGGGGAUCGAAUAUUAUUACGGUGGAGGCAUACAGACAUGUCGAGCUGGUACUACACACCAUGGUCGACCGAUGGAAGUUAUCAAGCUAGGACAGACAUCGUUGCCGCUGGAGGUCAUACUGGAGUAUCUCGAAUCGUUGAAGACCAUAUACACAGCAGAGGCAUACGACUUGUUCCUGCACAACUGCAAUAACUUUUCGAACGACUUUGCUAUGUUUCUCGUUGGCAAGGGCAUACCAGCGCACAUCACUAGUCUGCCUCAGGACGUCCUCAAUACACCUUUCGGUCAGAUGCUCAAGCCGCAACUUGAUGCUAUGAUGCGUCCUAUCACGCAAGCACCCACUCCUCAGCCUAUGCAGCCCGUUGCACCGGCGCGCUCGUCAGUUGCUGCAAGCAUGACCAAUGGUGCAACUAACGGAUCUGCCAUCGCGACCGAAACAGGACGAGUCAACAACGUCACCACGAUCAAGGAGGUCGACAGGCUACUGUCGCUGGCCAAAGACCGCGGUGCCAUUAUAUUUUUCACGAGUGCAACUUGCGGUCCCUGCAAACUGGUCUACCAGCCUUAUGACGAUCUUGCUGCAGAAGCAGGCUCGAAAUGUCUUUUCCUCAAAAUAGACUUUACCCGUGCAGACGCCUCUAUCAACACACGCUACCCGAAUGUUAGAGCAACGCCGACGUUCAUCACUUACAGCAAAGGAGCUAAGCGAGAUGAGUGGAGUGGUGCGGAUCCUCGACAGCUACGCAGUAACGUAGAGUCGUUGCUGAAUGCCACUUUCCCGCCACACCCGCAUCUUUCGCAGAGCACGCCAAACCUGCUACGCCAAAGUCAGCGACCGAUCGUAUUCUCAAAGAUUCCACCACUCGAGAAGCUGGUUGCAAAGAUGGGCGGCGCUGGCAAAGAUACUGCAGUAGCUUCGAUAGUCUCGUUCAUCAACACUCGCGAGAAGUCAGGAGCGAUUGAGGCGCCCUUGACACAUCUGCCGCAUUUUGCAAGCUUCCUGAGGAAUAGCACAACCCAACUGUCUUCGGACUUACUGUUUACAGCAUACGAUCUCCUCAGGGUCGCGCUCACAGAUGUUCGUGUCGCUGGGUUCUUUGCGGAAGAACACAAAGGUGCCAUCGGUACACCAGCAACAAUUCACCAUCUCCUUCAACACGUGGAAGAAUUGGGCGAAUCGGCGCCUUACCCACUGCGUCUUACGACCCUGCACCUUGCAUGCAAUCUCUUCAACUCUCCACUCUUCGUACCUCACGUGCUCGCAGCACCACUAUCUUCGACUCUUAUCUCUAUUCUCACGACAUCUCUUCUCGACGACAAACGCCCAGCACUCAAGGCCUCAGCACUCAGCCUCGCUAUGAACCUUGCGUCCUCAAACCAUCAGAUCCGUAUGAAGAAACACGGCGGCAAUGUUGCGCACACACUCUCCUCUGCGUCCGAGCUUGAGGAAUCAGAGCAGACCGAACUUCUGGCUUCUCUACUUGAGACUCUAGGUGCCGAAGAGGAGUGGACCGAGAACAAGAAGAUGGCGCUCAUUGCAACGGGUUGGCUUGCCUACGGUGCUGAUACGGAUGGUGAACUCAGGGACCUUUGGCGCGUCAUGGACGCUGCAGGGACCGUGAGUAACAUCAAGGCUGUUGCUACUGAAGACAAGUUGCUUGUGAAGGAAGUGCAGAAGCUUUUAGAGGCGUAGAUCAUUGAAGCUUAGAUAUAUACCCCUGCAUUGUAUAGACUAAUUUGUAUUUCAGCGCCGUGGUCUCCUUUCCUCGCAUUCUUCGUCCAACAGGAGUCCUCAGAAUCACGUUCUCAAGCGACAUGGAAAAGGACACACCGCCCACUUGCUCAAUCCCCACGGAUGGGCCAGGCCACCAUGUUGCUCCAGCAUCAGUCUACGAUCUCCUAUCUCCUAACCAACAUACGCGUCUCACCAACGUCUCCCUCAAACGCCU